AUUAUUUGGAAAAUAUUAUUUAUCUGUGUUACUGAUUUGCUGUAAUGUUUCCCCCUCCCCCCCUUCAACUUGCUCGCUCGCAAAAUUGUUAUAUUACUAUACAUUCGCAUCCUACCGUUCCUCUUGAUAACUGUUAGGUAGGUUUAAACGCUGUCAAUAUUUACGUUCAAAUAGAAAAACUGUACGUCUCUUUCUUCGACCACUUCUAUCACGCACUUUUCGACGAAAUAAUGUUCGCAUCGCCUUUAGUUAAACACGUUCUACCGUACAGAUCAGAUACAAUGUCUUGGGAAUCAAGGGCUGAAGAAUUUUCCUGGAUAAAUGAAAACUAUCUAGAAAAGAAAUCAAAGCACAAUUUUCAAGUGAAAUGUAAAACUUGCCGAAAUCAUAUUAAAUACGCGAAAGUUGAUGCGUUUAAAAAACACAUGUCUGAUGAGCAUCAAUCUGAAGUAAACAUGGAAUGCGAUAUGCAACAAAAGUAUGAUAUGUGGAAAUAUUUUAAUCUAACGAAGAAAGGAAAAACAAGAUGUAUUGUAUGUGAUAGAGUGAAGCGUAGAAAAACGUCAAACGGUUCCUUAAAACGUCACAUAUCGAAAUAUCAUAACGAGGAAAAACAUCAGAAGCCUUAUGAAUCACAAGAUUGGGCUUGGAAAUACAUCAACGCAGAGAAAGUUAAUAAUUUUUUUGGAAAAUGUAAGCUUUGUGACACAAAAAUGAGGUUUCCGUUGAUGCUUGAAAAAUUAAGAGAUCACCUUCGAAAACAUGAUGUAACAGUAGACGUUAAACGAGACGUAGAGAUGUGGAAAACCAAAAUUAAUGGAAAGUUGUUGUGGUUGGAUAUUUUUUAUACAAUAGCUGAAGAGGAUUUUCGAGCAAAAUGUAAGGAUUGUGGGGACAGUUAUUUAUAUGUCUCCAAUACGACAAUUGAGGAGCACAUGAGUAAGCAUAAAGAUAUUUCCGAUUAUGAAAAAUAUAUGGAGACGACGGAAGAAAGAGAAAUAGGCUGGAAAGGUAUGAGGUUCAUAGAUGAUAAUGCAGGUGAAAUAGAAUGUAUGGUAUGUCAUAUAAUUCUGGCAAAUAAAUUAUGCAUAAACGAUCAUGAAAAACUACAUUCUAAGAAGCUGCUCCGUUAUCAUACUUAUUGGGGAUUUAAAUACAUGAGACAAUUAGGAGAUUUGGCUAAAUGUUCGAUUUGUGAAGAAAAUGUAAUACUUCUGUGGGAUGCGAGCCAUUUACGAAGUCACACGACAAUACAACAUGCAAAGGAAGCGGAAGAAUUAUGUCGAGCAUUUAGACCGUCGCCGUCAUGCACUGUACUUUAAAAAAAAAAUAAACAUUUAUCUGUAUAGAGUUCGACAAUUGCAAAUGAUGAUAGCGACAUUUUUAAGGAGCAUCUCGUGACCAGUAAUAACGGCAAAUUUGACUUUGACCGAAGUGAUUUCAAAUACAUGAAGACAUUGGCAUAUAAUUUGACUUAUUUGUCACAUAUCAGUUUUAUGUUUAUAAAUAUAUAAA